AUGACUACGGAUGCUACAACGCCUUCCGCGGAAACCUCGAUGAGCGUGGAAACUCCCGAAGACACUAUGAAAGAAUCACCGGCAACGGAAGUAGUUACAUUAUCAACUGAUGCCACACCAUCUGAGCCAUCGGAACCUCCAGCCGGCCCAGAAACUCCUAAAACACCAGAAGAAGUACCCAUUAAUGGCACAACACCUACGUCCGGGGAAUUCUCGACCGUCACAGGAACAUCCGAUGAAACAGCGACGGGUUCAUCGAUCACAACCGAAGUCUCGAGCAUAUGUGCCGAAGUAGAUGAACCUAUUGACGAAGACUAUAUUUUCAAAAUUUAUAUGUGCGGAGAUGAUGCUUACGAUUCGCGACAACAUUGCCUUGAAGCUUGCCAAGAAUCCACUAAUGCUACAAUGGCGCCUACCGCUGUCACUACACCUAUGAUAGCGACGGACUUAGUCCCCUCGGAAGAGCCAAUCGACUCAUCCGCAGAUUCAUCGACAGUUACAGGCAUCACCGGAGCUGCAACAACGGAUUCCUCGAUCGCAACAGCAGAAUCCAGUGGCACAACGCCUAUCUCUACGGAAGCUUCGUCGAGCACGGAUGCCUCCGAAGGCACAGUGAGCAGCUCAUCGGACUCUACGGAAGAAUCUCCGAUUGACACAGAAAUUCCCGAAGGUACAGACUCAUCAACAACAGAAGGAGUGUCUGAAAUUACAGUAUCGGCAGAUGUCACUCCAUCUGACUCCACGGAGUCUUCAGCCAGCUCAGAAACUCCUGAAGCCACGACUGUUGACUCUUCAGUUACAACGGAAGUAUCCACAGAUGCUACAAUGGCGCACACCGAUGUCACUUCACCUACAUCUAUCACAGACGAGGACACAGCGUCCUCAAUUAUCACAUCAUCUCCAGAAUCAUCGACAGGCACAGAAGACAUCGAAAUCUUCACUGCGCACUCAUCAAUCGCAACAGAAGGGUUCUCGACUGACGCAUCACCUACACCUACAGAAUCUUCCACAGAUGCAGGAAUUUCCGAAACCACACCAGCGUAUUCAACAAUUAUUACAGAAGUGUCAAGUGAUACGUCACCUACAUCAAUUGAACCUUCGAUAGGCACAGAAACUGGUGAACCGGCUACUAAUGCUUCAACGCCUAUGCCUACGGCAUCUUCGACGGACAUGGACACUAUCACAUCCAUGGAGCCAUCAACUACAUCAGAUGGAAAGAAAGUACCGUGCUACUGCAAUGCUAUGCUUUUGGAAGGAAUUUACACUGGAUACUACAAUUGCCAAUACAUUGCAAGUGAUGGCAUUUGGGAUAGCAGGGAAACCGAAGAUCCUGAUUUAUGUGACUAUCUCUGCAUUCCAACUCCUGGAGAUGGGAAUUUCAUGUCCUUUCAUAAGGACAGGCACACCAAGUACAGUGGCCUCAUCUACAACGCCUUCACAAGAAACAACGACUUCUUCAUCGACGAUGAGAGGAUCUACGACAACACCCGUCAUGACAACAAUAUCUGCUACAACAACUACUUCAACAUCAACGCAAGUAUCGUCUACAACUACAAUCCCAGGUUUUAUUACUCGGCAGAAAGAGACGAAUGCCACAUACUUAUUUAUCGAGGCAACGGAGGCAAUGAAAACAGAUUCAAGACUAUAGAGGAUUGCUGGCUAGCGUGUUCUCCAAGGAAUGCAAGGGAUCUCUGCUUCCCACCCCAAGUAAAAGGAGGAGCAAUACCAUGCGAAAAAGCGUCGGGAUACCGCUAUGACUUCACACUCAACAAGUGCGUGAUCUCCCAAUCUAAGGGUUGCUUCAGUACUGAACAGCAAUGCACAGAUCUGUGCGUCAGGGAAACAGAGACAACUGAAGAGAGCAUCACUACUAUCAUGACCUCUGAGAGUACAUCAACCACAACCACAACUACUCAAUCAUCGACAUCAAGUUCAACAGAGGCACCCUCUCCAUCACCGACCCCAUCUUCGUCAGGACCAACAACAUCGUCGUAUGAGAUGUCUUCCAGUACUGCAACAACUGCGGGUGCUACCUCUGUCGUUACUAGAGGCCCCGAGAGAUCAAAACAAUGCUCCUGCAGUGAAAAGAUCCAGGGAAGUGGUGGCACCGAGUACUAUAACUGUGAAUACACUAUUGAUGGCAAUAGGGGCUUCAAGAUAACCGAAGAUCCUGAAAUAUGCAAUUAUCUUUGCAUUGCUACUCCUAAGCGUGGAAAAUAUAUACAAGCAUUUGAACAAUACAUGUGCUUCCACAAUAACAACAUCACUAAUAAGAAUUUGACUAUAUGUCAAGAGAUGUGCAAACUGAACAGCACUGAAAUAAGAACAUCCACACCGACUGUCACUGUGUCUACAAGUACGGUAGCAACAACAAGAAGCAAAGGUACUGAUGAAGCACAAUGUCACUGUAACGAAACAGUGAAAAAGAAUGGCACAAGAUUCAAAAGAUGUUAUUACUCUACGAAUGGUUUCCGUGGUACGAGAUUGACCGAUAACCCGAAGAGAACAUGCAGCCAUCUUUGCGUACGAAUUCCUAUGGAUGGAGAAAACAGCACGAAAUCUUACCAGUACAUGUGCCUUUAUAAUAGCAGCAUCAUUACCAAAACUAGAACUUACUGUCAGAGUUUGUGCAGUCGACCAGAAACUACCACAGAAACAUCGAUUGCACCUACAACAUCUUUACCUACGCCUAUGUCAAGCACAACAACCAGAGGUACUGAUGAAGGACAAUGUCACUGUAACGAAACAGUGAAAAAGAAUGGCACAGGAUACACAAGAUGUUAUUACUCUACGAAUGGUUUCCGUGGUACGAGAUUGACCGAUGACCCGAAGAGAACAUGCAGCCAUCUUUGCAUCAAAGUUCUUGUGGAAGGAGAAAACAGCCUAAAAAGGUACAUGUGCAUCUACAAUACCAGCAUUAUUGAUGACAGUAGAACAGACUGUCAGCGAUUGUGCAGACGACCAGAAACUACCACAGCAACGUCGAUUGCACCGACGACAUCUUUAUCUACGUCUACGGCAAGCACAACAACCAGAGGUACUGAUGAAGGACAAUGUCACUGUAACGAAACAGUGAAAAAGAAUGGCACAGGAUACACAAGAUGUUAUUACUCUACGAAUGGUUUCCGUGGUACGAGAUUGACCGAUGACCCGAAGAGAACAUGCAGCCAUCUUUGCGUCCGAAUUCCUAUGGAUGGAGAAAACAGUACGAAAUCUCACCAGUACAUGUGCCUUUAUAAUAGCAGCAUCAUUCGCAAAAAUAGGACUGACUGUCAAAACUUGUGCAGUCGACCAGAAACUACCACAGCAACGUCGAUUGCACCGACGACAUCUUUAUCUACGUCUACGGCAAGGUCAACAACCAGAGAUAGUUCCAUUUGCGAAGGAGUGUUCUUGAAAGGGCUCAAUAGGAAUGUGUACAUAUGUAAAACGUGCGAAGAUGAAUCCUAUAACGGAGGAGUAUAUGAAAACUUGAAUGACUGUCUUGGAAAUUGCACUGUAGCAUCAACGAGAGCACCGCUGACUACUCCAGCACCUAUUACACCAGGUCAGUUUUAA